GAAGAGAUUUUUAGUGUGUGAGCGACGAUUGGGACCGGGUUUAGGGCGAGAGGAAGCGCCUUUGUCUAGGAAUUUCAUGUCGAAAAAGGAAGAGCAUUGCAAUGGAGGCGCAGCCCGAGUCCCUGACGCGAUUGCUCCAGUUUUCGGUGCUUCCAAUCGCCAAAGUUCUGGUCAUGUGUGCGCUGGGAUUGCUCAUGGCCUCCUCCUACAUCAACAUCCUCAACGCCACAUCGCGUAAGCAGCUGAGCAAGCUCGUCUUCCAAGUGUUCUUGCCGUGUCUCAUCUUCACACAACUCGGAACAGCAGUGACCCUAGAGAAGCUGCUGGAAUGGUGGUUCAUCCCAGUCAACGUACUUAUCUCCUCCACACUGGGCUGUUUGCUCGGCCUGCUCGUGGCGCUGCUCAUCAAGCCACCGCCGCGCUUCUUCAAGUUCACCAUCGUCAUGAUCGGCAUUGGAAACAUUGGAAACAUACCUUUGGUUCUCGUUGGAGCGAUUUGCCGGGACAAGAACAACCCCUUCAACGAUCCAGACACUUGCAACACUGACGGCGUUGCGUAUAUAUCCUAUGGACAGUGGGUGGGGGCAGUGAUCGUCUACACGUUCGUGUACAGGAUGCUAGCACCUCCUGCUUCUGAAGAGGAAGAAGCCUCCAAGUCGCGAGAGCCUCUCCUUGUUGAUCACAGCAGUAGCGACGCAAGCGAAAGCGACAAUGUUGUUCCAUCCACGAACAGCAAAUGCCGGAAAGUGUCGCAGGCCGUGGCCCGAAUCAAGCUGUGGCUACAGAGCGCGAGAAUUGGAGACAUACUUCAGCCACCGGUUGCAGCAUCUCUUCUGGCACUGGUGUUUGGAGCAACGCCAUUCCUCAAGAUGCUCUUCCUGGAAGACGAUGCGGUGUUCUACUUCCUCUCCGACAGCCUCAACAUCCUCGGUGGAGCCAUGAUCCCAUGCAUCAUGCUCGUCCUCGGAGGGAAUCUCGUCAAAGGACCUGGAGCGUCCGAGCUGGGACUCAAGACGACGGUGGCCAUCACGGUGGUGAGGCUGGUGCUGGUGCCUCCAAUGGGCAUUGCCGUGGUUUCACUCGCCGAGAAGCUCAACUUGCUACCACCCAACAACAAGAUGUUCCGCUUCGUGCUGCUGCUCCAGCACUCGAUGCCAACCUCCAUUCUCGCAGGAGCGGUGGCCAGCCUCCAAGGUUACGCCGAGCAAGAAGCCUCCGCGAUACUGUUUUGGGAGCACAUAGCGUCCGUGGUCACCAUGACCGGAUGGUUGGGUGUCCACGUAAACUACCUCUCGUAACUUCUAUUAUCUUAAUAUUCAAAGCUGGGCGAAUAUGCCCCUCGUCCGUCCCAUUCA